AUGCCGCGGGCGUCUCUCACGGACGAUGAGGGGAACAAGGCAUUGGAAGCGGCUGGCACAGACAUCAAAUACUUGUUGUCAAGGCAUGAGGUGACCCUUGAGAACCAAAAGUUAUUCUACCACCAUGGUGUGACGACCCUGGAGAAGCUGUCGAACUUCGCCAAGGACCGUGAUGAUUUGGCAGUGGUCCUCAAGGAUCAUUGGGAGUUGGAUGCAAGCAGGACGCUUGAGGAGAGAGUUCAGGUGGCAGCGAUCACCUGUGCGUUUACCAACGCCAAGACGAGGAGCCAGAGAGCGGCCGAGGUUGAUGCGGAGUACGAUACACUCCAGUGGUCCAGGCCCGUGGUGGCCGGGGAAUGGGCAGCUAUGCGCUCGGCUUUGGAGAGGCGCUACGGGCAUUUAGAUGACAAGAUCUACCCCUCCAAGGAAUUUGUUGAGAAGAAGUUGGCCGAGGUUGAAAACGGUGAAUACCGUGCCGAAGAGCUGACCGAGGUCGUGUCAAAAGAGGAGAUUGAGCCCGAUUCCGUGGUGCCUAUUUGGGACUCCAAGGGCCGAUUGGCCAUGCGUCGAGGGUCGACGAAAGUGGAGGAACCGACAAACGCUGAAGAACUUCGUCGACGGCUGACAAUAUGGAAGAACGCAAUGGUCAUGAUUUCGCUGAAGCAUUCGAACAGGCAUGAGCUUCAAGGCAAUUGGGAGGAAGCAGUCGAGCAGUAUAAGGACUACCUCCUCGGCGACUUCGUCUACGGCCUGAAUGCAAAGGACGCUGAAGGUCAGACUUUUGCAUCGCCGCCAUGGAAGCUUGUCCUGGCAUAUGAGCGUGCGAUCAGGAAGCAGGCAGUGAGGAUCACGAACACGGAGGGCAAGCCACUGACGGUCGCGCUCAAGACGGCCUGGAAGGAUGCCACCAUCAAGGAGAGGAACUUCACAACGCCCUUGGCUCUAUAUGCAAAGAGGCCAACACCGCCAUGGAGGGAGCAACCGCCAGCGAAGUGGCCAUCAACAGAGAAAGGGAGCAAGGGCAAAGAGAAGGGAAAAGCCAAGAAGGGCAAAGGGAAGGGCAGCAAUCCACAUUGCGCUACCCACACACCAGAGGGGGAGAUGAUCUGCUUCAGGUACAAUACACCUGGGGAGAAAUGCAAGAGCAGCAAAUGCAAAUACAAACAUGUCUGCGGGAUUUGCUACAGUGAUCGUCAUCCCCUUUACGAGUGCAAUCCAAAGAACCGCAAAGAGGCCGUUCCUCCUGACACAGUCGGGAGCAAGAAGAGACGCAAUUCCGUUGCGGGGUUCCUCCGGAGGCUAGCGCAACGACAAGGAGUUCAGGUGGUAAUCACAGAACUGGACAUCCAGUCCGAUCGCAAGUCAGAUUUUACACUUCCUACAGUUCAGAAGAAGUGGUUGCAACUGAUUGCCAAAGGCAUCUUUUAUGCAGUCAUUGUUACUCCGCCAUGUUCCACUUUCUCGCGAGCUGUUUGGGCUAAUGAUUUGGGGCCUUUCCCUUUGAGGAGCUCGACUUUUCCGAGAGGUUUCCCGUGGAACAAAGGAGACAGAUUUCACAAGGCAGAAUUUGGGACGGUUCUUGCAGAUUUUUCAUUUGAAGCAUUGAAGCGUCAAUUUGCAUGCAAACGUACAGUUGGACUCAUGGAGCAGCCAGAGGAUUUGGGCAGAACUAGGCACAACAGGUUGACAGGGCAUCAGCCAGCGUCGAUGUGGCAGUUUUGGCAAUUUGAGGAGUUGUUGACAUUGGACGAGGAGAAUGGCGUGUUUAAGACAGCGCACUCAGCAGCCUGGCCGCCAGCCCUCUGCAAGUGGACCGCUGAAGCGAUCCUCACCUCCUUCUUACAAGAGUGUAUGGGGGGGGGUGAACCUUGCAGUGGCAUAGAGGACAAGAAGAGGAGGCCAGAUGAAGGGGUCCAAGAGGCAGCCAAGAAACGGCAGAAGGUCCAGCACGAGAAGGAGAUGAAGUUGGAGGUUGACCCCAUGAAUCCGAUCUUUCCUGGAGGAAGAGGGCCCCCCCGCUCUUGCAGAUGGAAGGGCUUGGAGGCACCAUAUCAUGACGGAGGAGGGCUUGCCUCCCCAGGGAGGUGGACACCUGGCACGAGGAAGAUCUUGCAAGAAGAGGCGUGGGCAAAACUGAGACAGCAAUUGCAACAGGAGGCGGUGACGAAGCUGGGCAGUUUGACAGAGCUUGAGAAGGAGGCUUUUCGGAUGGCAAAAGGCGGAGAUGCCUUCAGCCUGGUGAAGGAUGAGGAGUUCUUGGGGAAGGUCAGGGCCCUUUUGUCCGAAAACCUUGGAGUGGAGGUGCAGGAAAGCCCGGAGGAGGGGCAACCAUUCUACCUGGGUCUCAUGAAGGAUGUCUUGGAGAAGGCAGGAGACCCAGAUGGGGGCUUCCUAGAGCAGGCGAAGACAGGUCUACCGCUGGGAGUCUUGAAUGAGCUUCCUGGGACGCCAGAGAUUUUCGAGGAACAACUUCGGUGGAACCUGGAGAGUGAGGAUUGGAGUGGCUCCGUCUGGCAGAAGGAGAACUACAUGUCAGCGGCUGAACACGAAAAGUACCUCACUGAGCACUUGGAUCAGGAGGUAGCAGAAGGGUUGAUGGUCAAGAUGGAGGAGGAAGACUUCAUACAGACUUUUGGUGAGAACCGUGCAGUUGCAGCGCUAGCAGUUCUGGUGGAGGAUGAGGUGACCGGGAAGAAGCGGGUGAUCCAUGACGGCACUCACGGAGUCAUGGUGAAUCACCGGAUCAGGUGCCGUGAUAAGGUGAGGAUGCCUGGGCCGCGUGAGAAGAGGGCCCUCUUAGAAGAAUAUGAGGCCGGGAAGCAGUUCGGGGGUGCUGGAGACUCAGCAGAGAUUUGCGCAGAAGCUUUUACAGAUAAUAGAGGCAAUGCAUUCAUUUUGCGCAAAGGACUUUCGACGAAGUACCCUGUUACAUUGUUGGUGAUUGAGAUUGCUGAGACGCUCCGGAGAUAUGACUCCUUUGCGACCUUGACCUGGGUACGCAGGGACGGGAACGAGCUGGCAGAUGCUUUGAGGAACGAGGAUUUCAGUUCGUUUGAGCUCCAGCGGAGGGAAGCCAUUGGGGAGGAACAUUUCCAGUGGUUUGUGAUGGAUGAGCUUCUGAAGGGGAGCAAGGAGCUUUUUGAAGAGAUCAAAGAGCACAAGGCUAGAAAGAAAGAGUCCAAGACCGCCUUGAGGACAGGGAAGGCGAAGUCAAAGAAAUUCUUUGGCAGAUGGAACUCCUAA